AGCUGUUGGCCCACAAGGAAGGCCGUCUAAUGCAGUAAAGCGGGGGUCAGCGUGGAUUGCGCACCUUUCACUGUUCGCCUGUCUUUUUCUCCUCGACAGCCCUUUAUUCCUAGUUCCACUCAUCUCCAAGAUUUCUUUCAAUCUCUCUCUCUCUGACAUGACGAUCGGUUCUGGAGGAUCGAGUGUUGUAGUACCUCGAAACUUUAGAUUGCUGGAGGAACUUGAACGUGGAGAGAAAGGUAUUGGAGAUGGCACAGUAAGCUAUGGAAUGGAUGAUGGAGAUGAUAUUUACAUGCGCUCAUGGACAGGGACCAUUAUUGGUCCAAUUAAUUCUGUACAUGAAGGUCGUAUCUAUCAGUUGAAGCUCUUCUGUGAUAAAGAUUACCCAGAGAAGCCCCCAAGUGUUCGCUUUCACUCACGGAUCAACAUGACAUGUGUUAACCCUGAGACUGGAUUGGUUGAGGGAAAGAAGUUUGGUAUGCUGGCAAAUUGGCAGAGGACAUACACCAUGGAGGACAUUCUGACCCAGCUGAAGAAGGAAAUGGCAGCACCACACAAUCGGAAGCUUGUUCAGCCCCCUGAAGGCGCCUUCUUCUAGUACGUGGAAGUAAGAAAAGCCCAUAUUUACCAUAUCUUAGCGGUCCUGCAAACACUUGAAUACAGAAGAUGUUCUGAUAAUGCGUUUAAAACACCUGUUGUCUUUUGGCAAACUGUGUUACAAGAAUGAUGGUUGAAUGGGAAUGUUCAUCAUUGUGAUAAGUAAUACCGGUCCGUUCUUGUUGUUACAUUCGACUUACAAAUGUUUACUAUUUUUAUUAUACUAGUUAAAUUGUAGGUUUCCAUUCAUGUGAAAUCCAAAAGUUAGUUGACAUUUUA